UAGAAAAUCUCGUCUCCGAGUUUCCCCCACUCCCGCCAGCCGCCGCUCCUCCAGGUCUCCGCCGACGAGGAGGGCGCCGCCGCUCGUCCAUUACUCGUACGCCACCGCCUCGUCCCGCAACUCCCGUGACCAGGAAGACUCGCCUCCCCUCGCCUCGCCUCGUCUCUCCGCUGACCAGGAAGGUUCCAGAAGCUAUCGGAAGGGUUCCCACGCGCCCCCUUCUUCCCCGCGCCAGUGCUAGUUCCGGCGGGCGCCAUGGACCUGGACCCCGAGGGCAUCUUCCGCGACGACAGCGACGAGGACGACGACAACCUCCAUGAGAGGGAGGCCAACAAGGAGAUGGUCGUCUACCUCAUAGACGCCUCGCCCAAGAUGUUCACCCCCGCCAACGCCGCCAAGCCAGAUGAAAAGCAGGAGACACAUUUCCAUACCAUAGUGAACUGCAUCACGCAGUCUCUGAAGACACAGAUUAUCGGGAGAUCCCGUGAUGAAGUUGCAAUAUGCUUCUUUAACACCAAAGAAAAGAAAAAUUUACAGGAGCUGGCUGGUGUAUAUGUUUACAAUGUCACAGAACGAGAGCAACUUGAUAGGCCUGAUGCAAGACUGAUUAAAGAAUUUUCUUGUGUAGAAGAUUCUUUUAUGAAUAACAUUGGAAGCCGGUAUGGAAUAACCUCUGGAUCUCGAGAGAAUACCCUGUACAAUGCUCUUUGGGUUGCACAGGCACUGCUGCGUAAAGGAUCUGUGAAGACUGUGAGUAAGAGAAUCCUCAUAUUCACCAAUGAGGAUGAUCCUUUUGGUGGUAUUACAGGAGCAGCAAAGACUGAUAUGAUCAGGACCACAAUUCAACGUGCAAAAGAUGCACAAGAUCUGGGCCUGUCUAUUGAACUUCUUCCAUUAAGUAGGCCUGAUGAGGAUUUCAACAUGUCCCUGUUUUAUGCAGAUUUGAUUGGUCUGGAGGGAGAUGAAGUAGUGCAGUACGUGCCAUCUGCUGGUGAAAAGCUGGAGGAUAUGACUGAUCAACUGAGAAAGCGAAUGAUGAAAAAGCGCAAAGUCAAAACUCUCUCAUUUGCAAUUACGAAUGAUGUUUGCAUAGAGGUGAACACAUAUGCGCUAAUCCGUCCAACUGCUCCAGGGACGAUUACGUGGCUUGACUCGAUCAGUAACCUUCCAUUAAAGACUGAAAGGUCUUUCAUAUGCAAUGACACCGGGGCCCUUCUUCAGGCUCCCCAAGAGCGCUUCCAGCUAUACAAUGAUAAAGUUGUUAAAUUUUCUGUUCGUGAAUUGUCUGAUGUGAAGAGGGUUUCAAGUCAUCAUCUUCGCCUUUUAGGGUUCAAGCCAUUGGAUUGCUUAAAAGAUUAUCAUAACUUAAGUCCGUCAACAUUUAUUUACCCCAGUGAUGAGCAAAUAUUCGGAAGCAUUCGUGUGUUCGUUGCUUUACAUAGCUCGAUGCUGCGUCUUGGACGGUUUGCACUUGCGUUUUAUGGGACCCCAACUCGCCCACGGCUUGUAGCCCUUGUUGCACAAGAAGAGGUUAUUUCUUCGAGUGGUCAAGAUGAGCCACCUGGAAUGCACAUGAUCUAUCUUCCAUACUCGGAUGAUGUUAGAUAUCCUGAAGAGGUUCAUCUGACUUCUGGGGAUGCACCUCGCGCUACAGAUGAGCAAAUAAAGAAAGCUUCGAAUCUGUUGAGACGUAUUGACCUGAAGCAUUUCUCAGUACGCCAUUUUGCUAACCCAGGAUUACAAAAACACUACGGGAUUUUGGAGGCCUUAGCUUUAGGUGAGGAUGAGAUGCCGGAUAUAAAGGAUGAGACCCUUCCCGAUGAAGAAGGCUUGGCUAGGCCAGGAGUAGUUAAAGCUAUAGAAGAAUUUAAGGCUGCAGUGUUUGGUGAAAAUUAUGACCAAGAGGAAGCUGAGGCAGCAGCAGCAAAAGGUGGGGCCUCAAAGAAGAGGAAAGCAAUUGCGGAUGCAGCUUCACAGAAAAGCGCGGCUUAUGAUUGGGCAGACCUUGCAGAUAAUGGGAAGCUGAAGGACAUGACAGUGAUGGAUUUGAAGACCUACCUGACGGCGCAUGGCCUCCCGGUUUCUGGUAAGAAAGACGCCAUCAUCAGCAGGAUCUUGACUCAUCUAGGCAAGUGAGAAACAAGAAUCAUUGACUGGAAUAUGCAAGACGUCUAGUGUGCAUCCUAUGUAGCCAUGGAUGAUAGACCCGCCCUCUCUGUUUGGGCCGUGGCGAUUUUGUAUAGCAGUAUCGGGUGCCAAUGUGACUUCCAUGUUAGUUUGUUUGAAACCAUGCAUGUGCUCUUGUGCCACGCAACUUGGGAUGGAGUUGUCUUAGAUGUCUUGUGGCUGGUGAAAGUGUGUUCUGACAAAGGUUAUUCCA